AUGGCCGUCGCAGAAGCUAUUCUCGUAGCCCCAGCCCACGCUCCGACAGCAGAGAUUGUUGUGGAGAGGUUGACCAAGAACAUAAACGAAGAUCAUCUCUACGAAAUAUUCGGCCAAUUUGGUCCAGUGAAGGACCUAGACCUUCCCAUUAGCCGACUCGGCGUCAAUAGGGGCACAGCCUAUAUUCUCUACGAUCAUGAGGCCGAUGCUGAGGACGCCAUCGCUCACAUGCACGAGGCACAGGUUGAUGGCGCCAUUAUCAAUGCAUUGACCCACGGGUUCCACAUCCAAAUCCAAGAGGACCUGGAAGAAUGGGUGGCCCCCGUGGAGGAGGUGGCGGUCCUAGUGCCCCCCCCAGUCGAUACGGCCCUCGCUCAGACACGUAUCGCCCCCGAUCAGCCUCUCGCUCACCUUCGCCGUCGCGCUCCCUCUCCCGCUCACGUUCCCCCCCCGCUGCGCCGCCCUCAAGAGGCGGCGGUAGCCGUUACCGGAGUCGUUCUCGCUCUUACUCACGUUCAAGAUCUAGAACUCCGCCUCCGCGACGUGGAAGAGGGGGCCGCGGCAGCCGCGGCAGCCGCCGCUCGGGGGGUGGCCCUGAUCGCCGGCGUAGGAGUCCUAGCCGAAGCAGCUAUGAUAGUUAUGACGACAGAUCUAGGGACUCGAGCCGAGGUCGCCGCCGUCGAAAUUACGACUGAGAAGUCAAGGCGGAUCGGACAACUGCGACUAAUUUUGUAG